CCUCUACAGCCUCCUGCCCUUCAUCCUGGUGGAUGACACCAAAAGGGCAGAGCCCAGCGCAGAGCAGACAGCCGUGCGGACCAGUACUCAGACCCAGGGACAGCCCAGCCUCCUCAGAGCUGGAGCCCCACUCUCCAACUCGCGUCUCGCCAUCGCUGCGUGCCCCCCUCUACGACAUGUACCCCGAAGAGAGCCGGGGGUCUGGAGGGGUAGCCACUGUGGACUUCCUGGAUGGGUCUUAUGACUAUGCCGCCCCCACCCCUGCCCCGACUCCUCUUUACAGCCACUCCACCACUGGCUGCUACUCGGCUCCUCUGGACGCUCACGGACCACCGUCCGAUGGCAGUCUUCAGUCCCUGGGCAGUGGGACAACCAGUCCACUUGUGUUUGUGCCCUCCAGCCCACGGCUGAGCCCCUUUAUGCACCCGCCCAGCCACCACUAUCUGGAAACCACUUCAACACCCGUCUACAGGUCCAGCCAUCAGCCGGUUCCCAGAGACGACCAGUGUGGUACCCGUGAUGAGGCAUACGGCGUGGGCGAGUUGGGAGCUGGAGCUGGGGGGUUUGAAAUGACCAAAGAGACGCGUUUCUGCGCUGUGUGCAGUGACUACGCGUCUGGAUACCACUAUGGGGUGUGGUCUUGUGAGGGCUGCAAGGCCUUCUUCAAGAGGAGCAUCCAGGGUCACAAUGACUAUAUGUGCCCAGCGACAAAUCAGUGCACCAUUGACAAGAAUCGGAGGAAGAGCUGCCAGGCUUGCCGUCUUAGGAAGUGCUACGAAGUGGGCAUGAUGAAAGGAGGUAUGCGUAAGGACCGCGGACGUGUUUUGCGGCGUGAAAAACGACGGGCCUGCGACAGAGACAAACCAGCCAAAGACCUGCCACACACAAAGGCGCCCCCUCAUGAUGGAAGGAAGCAUGCAACGAGCAGCAGCAGUACAAGUGGUGGAGGAGGAAGAUCCUCUUUAAAUAGCAUACCUCCUGAUCAGGUGCUCCUCCUGCUCCAGGGUGCUGAGCCUCCAACCCUGUGUUCUCGUCAGAAGAUGAACCAACCCUACACGGAGGUCACCAUGAUGACCCUACUCACCAGCAUGGCCGACAAGGAGCUGGUUCACAUGAUCGCAUGGGCCAAGAAGCUUCCAGGUUUUCUGCAGCUGUCUCUUCACGAUCAGGUGCUGCUGCUGGAGAGCUCGUGGCUGGAGGUGCUGAUGAUCGGGCUCAUUUGGAGGUCCAUCCACUGUCCUGGCAAACUCAUCUUCGCACAGGACCUCAUCCUGGACAGGACUGAAGGCACAUGCGUCGAGGGCAUGGCCGAGAUCUUCGACAUGCUGCUGGCCACAGCGUCCCGCUUCCGGAUGCUCAAGCUCAAACCUGAGGAGUUUGUCUGUCUCAAAGCUAUCAUUUUGCUAAACUCUGGUGCCUUUUCUUUCUGCACUGGCACAAUGGAGCCCCUUCACGACAGCGCGGCAGUGCAACACAUGCUGGACACCAUUACCGAUGCGCUCAUAUUUCAUAUCAGCCAAUUGGGGUGCUCGGCUCAGCACCAGUCAAGAAGACAGGCCCAGCUGCUCCUGCUGCUCUCCCACAUCAGGCACAUGAGCAACAAAGGCAUGGAGCACCUCUACAGCAUGAAGUGUAAGAACAAAGUGCCUCUGUACGACCUGCUGCUGGAGAUGCUGGAUGCUCAACGCAUCCAUCGCCCAGUCAAACCAUCUCAGUCCUGGUCCCAGGGUGACAGAGACUCUCCCAACACCAGCAGCACCAGCAGCAGCGGCGGGGGUGGCGGCGAUGAUGAAGGCACCUCCUCGGCUGGUUCCAGUUCAGGACCUCAAGGCAACCACGAGAGCCCGAGGCGUGAGAACCUGAGCAGAGCGCCCACAGGUCCAGGUGUCCUGCAGUACAGGGGGUCCCAUUCCGACUGCACCCGCAUCCUAUGAAGCAGAGAGACUACACGCUGAAACAGGUAAUAACGGUGUUAAAAAGGAAGUCUCCAAAAUGAAUAUAUGUCAACCUAAUUUCUGUUUAAAUUGCAGAAUUUGAUGCAGCUGAAGAAAUGAAACACCUAAAACGAAGUUUAUCAGAUUUUUUUUCUCUUUUAGUUGGCUUACAAAUUCCUGAGGUCACGUAUUCAAACUGUUUUUGGGUCUGACUAACAGCCUGAAAUGGUUUCGACACACAGUGAGGACAAAUUUAACAGCCAGCUUGCCAACUUUAGAUUAGCUGCAACAGUGCAGUCAGCCUGGGGGUUGUUUAGCCUCUGAAUAAUUUGCUACAACAUGCCACUCAAUGUUUUAGGCUUAAAAUCUUGCAUCAGAUUAAAUGCACAUUUUGGACUGCAUAGAGUAUACCAAUAUACGUUACAUAUUGGUUGCACUGUGCAAAAGUCUUGAUUCGACCCUCGUUUGUUUUUAUUUUUCUAGGAAAAUGAGAAAUAGAUGCAAGGAUUUGUUGGAACCUGUGAAAACAAGCAUAAAAAUACAGUAUAUAAGGUAAAAACAGAGUUUGUACAGAUGUAAUGA